GCACCGGCUCCUACAGAGGCCUUAUUACUCCUCUUAUUAUUCAUCUUGUUAUUAGUAGGAGUAGUAGUAUCUUUUUGGCUUAAUAAUUAAAUUCCUCUGGUAUUAUUGAGAACUACUUCGUGGAGCUCGUGGAAUAAAAAAAAAAUCUAUAGGCUAAUUAUGUUUUUUCUUUGUGCGCCCAAGAAACGCUCGUGUGGCAUUUAAAAUACAGAAAAAAUAUUUUUUUGUUUUUCAGUUUGCUGUUUACAUUUUUAAGUAAAAAAAAAUAUAUAGGAAUACAUAAGAGGAAAUUAUAUAUAUAUUUUAAAAACCCUGGAAGUCGAGAGCGCUCGAAGAAAAAGGGGUUAAGGAGAGUUUCAGGAUGGAAGAGAAAGAUCAGAGCAGCAGAGAUGCAGGAGACGAAUCGAACCGAGCCAUUCUGCCGCUGCUCGAGCCUCCAGGAAACCUGCACCGGAUCACAAACUUCUACAUCGACAACAUCUUGCGGCCGGACUUCGGACGCAGAAAAGAAAGCGCCGCCGCCGUCAGCGCGUCCGAGCGCAGCGACAUCAUUAACGCGUCCGGGAGAGAGAACCGCUGUCCCUCAGAGGCGGGGACCGACACAGACCGAGCACGAUCACCGGGGUCGGGUGAAGAAGGGGCAUCAAACCACGCCGUCAGCGGCUCGAAGCCCGGAGAGGAAAGCGGCUCGGAUCAGUGCGCAAACUCGCCCAAUAACCAGUCGAUGCUGUGGCCAGCGUGGGUUUACUGCACCAGAUACUCGGACAGACCCUCAUCAGGGCCCCGAUCGCGCAGACCAAAGCAGAAGAGUGUGACUCGGGAGGAUAAGCGGCCCCGCACGGCCUUCACGGCGGAGCAGCUGCAGCGGCUGAAGGCAGAGUUCCAGUCGAACCGGUACCUGACGGAGCAGCGGAGACAGAGCCUCGCUAACGAACUGCAGCUAAACGAGGCCCAGAUCAAAAUCUGGUUCCAGAACAAGAGGGCCAAAAUCAAGAAGGCGUCAGGCACCAAGAACAUCCUGGCACUGCACCUGAUGGCCCAGGGGCUGUACAACCACGCAACCACCAACAACAAGGACGACAAAUCAGACAGCGACUGAACACAAGGCGUUAUAACGCGCCACAGAGCGCGCAUAGACCUGCACCGUGAGCGGCCUGGGUGCUCUGAGACACCAGCGGAACCGGACUGGGUCUGAGCGUUGAUCUAUCUGCAAUACCUUUAUCUAGCCUUUCAUUUUCUGUGGUGUGAGUUUGAGGUUUGUUUGUUUAUUAUUAUUAUUAUUGUUGUUGUUAUUAUUAUUAUUGUUUCUUUUGCAAGCAUUAACUCUGCUAUCCAUACAGAUGAAGUAGCCUACACUCUCAGAGGAAAGGGUACUAUAUGGUACCAGUCCCUGUACCUUCCUCCAGUGCGCAUUUUUAAAGCUUUACUGUGGCCUAAAAGAAACCACUGGUCCAGUUAUGCAUCACAAAUCUUUUAUUAAAGCUCACUUUUCCACAUUAGCAGGUGAAAUCACGAGGUUCUCUUUAGGACCCUUUCAUUCUCAGAGUGUUUCCGAGUUCUUAUUUAAAAACCAGUCGCUUCUGAUCGACUCCUGAUCUUCUUUAUUCCAUGCUGAAUUCCAAAGAAUUUUUCAUUUCCUUGCUGCAUUCGGGCAACUGUGAUUUUAAAAUAAAAACUAGCCUGUGUAUGUUUAUGUCCGUGCUAAUUUUUUAGGUUUUGUGGAUUUUUUGUGUUAAACUGAUUUUUUUUUAAAUCAAUAAAAAAGUACACAUUAUACACACAAUACUGUAUUUAUAGGUUUAUAAGUAAAAGCUCUAUUUAACUCUGUUACAGGUUACACAUUAUUAUUAUUAUUAUUAUUAUUAUUAUUAUGUUCGCACACAUCACGGUCACGCGCGAAAAAAAUCGUAGGAAUUCGUACGAAAAAAAUACUGGGCGGAGUUUAGCAGCUUGGGCCAUUUAUCACGAUUUCUUGGAAGUCCUACGAUUUUUUUGCGUGAAAUUGUGUUGUCAUACAGAUAUUAAUAUAAUUCCUUUAUUUUCAGGUUUAGACAACUGAAUGGCGAAGUCGCAUAAUGAAUGGAAAUACUUGAUCCGUGAAUAUCCUUUUCUUUCCUUUUUCUUUCUUUCAUCUCUCAAAUUAUUCAACAGUCCAA